AUGCACGAGAAGGAUGAUCUUCCGCAGGAUUCUAUAGCUGAUGGAAUUGAGAAUGAUGACGAGUCUAAUGGGCAAGAAGAAGAAGAGCUUGAUCCUGACCAGGGAACAGCUUUCGUUGAUAGUAAGGAAGAUAUGUUUGUUGAUGCUCCUGAAGAGUUGAAUUUUGAUACACCUAGCAAGGAAGCUCUUACCACAGAUGACGAUGAUAAUGAUGACCUUGGAACUCAUUUCAAUAUUGAGAAGGGGGAUUGGGAGAAGGAACUUGCAGGGCUUCAGGAGCAGUUUAAGCUGUUGACUGGUGAGAAUGAUUUGACAGGUGAAGAUGGGAACACUACUGUGGAUAUUGUCAGUCGCUUCUCGAAGUUCUUAAAAACUGCCAAGGAAGAGCGGAUUCAGCAUGAGGUUGCACUCAAGGAGCUUCACGGGGUUAUUAGUGGGAGGGACGAUGAGAUUGCUGAUCUCACCACAAAAAUCUCUGAGCUUUCUUCGUCGCAGCCGGUUUCCGAAAUGGGUGAUCAGGCACAGAACUUGGAGCACCUUGAGGCUGCAACGGAUAGGAUUAUGGUUUCUCUUAGUAAUGUAUUUGGGGAAGGGGAGUUGCAGUAUGGUUCUUCUAUCUCUGAAAAGCUUGCUCAUCUGGAGAACCGAGUUUCGUUUUUAGGUGCAAAGUAUACUGAGUUUUACUAUGGUGCUGAUCAGUUAAGGAAGUGUUUGGCUAGUGAUGUGUUGGAUCUUAGUUUCCAAGAGGAUUUUGGUUCAGCUCUUGGUGCUGCUUGUUCUGAGCUAUUUGAGCUCAAACAGAAGGAAGCAGCCUUUUUUGAAAGACUUAGUCAUCUAGAAGAUGAGAAUAGGAACUUUGUUGAACAAGUGAACAGAGAGAAAGAAAUGUGUGAGUCAAUGAGAACAGAAUUUGAAAAAUUGAAGGCAGAGCUUGAGCUAGAAAAGACUAAGUGUACUAACACAAAAGAAAAGCUCAGCAUGGCCGUAACAAAGGGGAAGGCGUUAGUUCAGAACCGGGAUGCUCUGAAGCAUCAAUUGUCUGAAAAAACAACAGAGCUUGCGAAUAGGUUGACUGAAUUACAAGAGAAGGAGAUUGCCCUUGAAAGUUCUGAAGUAAUGAAGGGGCAGCUGGAACAAUCGUUAACCGAAAAGACGGAUGAACUUGAGAAAUGCUAUGCUGAAUUGAAUGAUAGGUCCGUAUCCCUGGAAGCAUAUGAGCUAACAAAGAAGGAGUUGGAACAGUCUCUGGCUGAAAAAACAAAAGAACUUGAAGAGUGUUUGACGAAACUACAAGAGAUGUCAACAGCAUUGGAUCAAUCUGAACUCGACAAAGGCGAGUUAGCAAAAUCCGAUGCUAUGGUUGCAUCAUAUCAGGAAAUGUUAUCGGUGAGGAACUCUAUCAUUGAAAAUAUUGAAACUAUCCUGUCAAACAUAUAUACACCUGAAGAAGGUCACUCUUUUGAUAUCGUUGAAAAAGUAAGGUCACUUGCAGAAGAGAGGAAAGAGCUCACAAAUGUUUCCCAGGAAUACAACAGACUAAAAGAUUUGAUCGUUUCCAUUGACUUACCAGAGGAGAUGUCCCAAUCCAGCUUAGAAAGUCGCCUAGCUUGGCUUAGAGAAUCUUUUCUCCAGGGAAAAGAUGAAGUUAAUGCCUUGCAAAACCGGAUUGAAAGUGUAAGCAUGUCUCUUUCAGCAGAAAUGGAGGAGAAAAGUAACAUUAGAAAGGAACUGGAUGAUUUAAGUUUCAGUUUGAAAAAAAUGGAGGAAACUGCAGAGCGAGGUUCGUUGGAGAGGGAGGAAAUUGUGAGGAGACUUGUGGAAACCUCUGGCUUGAUGACAGAAGGAGUCGAAGAUCAUACUUCUUCAGAUAUCAAUUUACUUGUUGAUAGAUCAUUCGACAAGAUAGAAAAGCAAAUCAGGGAUUCUAGUGAUAGUUCUUAUGGCAACGAAGAAAUAUUUGAAGCCUUUCAAAGUCUCCUUUAUGUGAGAGAUCUGGAGUUUUCACUUUGUAAGGAAAUGCUAGGAGAGGGAGAGCUGAUUAGCUUUCAGGUAAGCAAUCUCUCAGAUGAGCUAAAGAUCGCAUCUCAAGAACUUGCUUUCGUGAAAGAAGAAAAAAUUGCUUUGGAGAAAGAUCUAGAGCGAUCAGAGGAGAAAUCUGCUUUGCUCAGAGACAAACUUUCUAUGGCUAUCAAGAAAGGCAAGGGACUAGUCCAAGAUAGGGAAAAGUUUAAAACUCAGUUGGAUGAGAAAAAAUCUGAAAUCGAAAAGCUGAUGCUCGAGUUGCAGCAGCUAGGUGGUACGGUUGAUGGCUACAAGAAUCAGAUAGAUAUGUUAUCGAGAGACUUAGAGCGCACGAAAGAGCUAGAGACUGAGCUUGUUGCUACUAAAGAAGAAAGAGAUCAACUUCAGCAAUCCUUAUCUCUAAUUGACACGUUGUUGCAGAAAGUGAUGAAAUCAGUUGAAAUUAUAGCUCUCCCUGUUGAUCUAGCAUCUGAAGAUCCUUCAGAAAAGAUUGACCGACUUGCUGGGUACAUCCAAGAAGUGCAGCUGGCUAGAGUAGAGGAACAAGAAGAAAUAGAAAAAGUAAAGUCAGAAGUUGAUGCGUUAACCAGUAAAUUAGCAGAAACCCAAACAGCCCUGAAGUUGGUUGAGGAUGCCUUGUCUACUGCAGAGGAUAACAUCAGUCGGCUUACUGAGGAGAAUAGAAAUGUCCAAGCUGCCAAGGAAAAUGCUGAGCUUGAGCUGCAAAAAGCAGUUGCAGAUGCCUCCUCUGUAGCUAGCGAACUGGAUGAAGUUCUUGCAACCAAAAGCACACUUGAAGCUGCACUCAUGCAGGCUGAAAGAAAUAUAUCUGAUAUUAUUAGUGAAAAGGAAGAGGCUCAAGGCAGAACUGCUACUGCAGAGAUGGAGCAAGAGAUGCUGCAAAAAGAAGCUUCAAUUCAGAAGAACAAAUUAACAGAAGCACAUAGCACCAUAAAUUCACUUGAAGAAACACUUGCUCAGACAGAAAGCAACAUGGAUUCGCUGUCCAAACAAAUUGAAGAUGACAAAGUUCUUACUACAAGUUUAAAGAAUGAGUUAGAGAAGCUUAAAAUUGAGGCAGAAUUUGAGCGUAACAAGAUGGCCGAAGCUUCCUUGACAAUAGUAUCCCAUGAGGAGGCACUAAUGAAGGCAGAGAAUAGUCUUUCUGCUUUACAAGGAGAAAUGGUGAAAGCUGAAGGCGAGAUAUCAACUCUCAGUAGUAAACUUAAUGUAUGCAUGGAAGAGUUAGCUGGAUCAAGCGGAAACUCACAGAGUAAAUCUUUGGAGAUUAUUACUCAUCUUGAUAAUCUCCAGAUGCUACUGAAGGAUGGAGGUCUAAUUUCCAAGGUGAAUGAAUUCCUUCAAAGGAAGUUCAAGAGCCUUAGAGACGUGGAUGUCAUUGCUAGAGAUAUCACACGAAAUAUUGGUGAGAAUGGAUUAUUGGCAGGGGAAAUGGGCAACGCUGAGGUAACAGCUGUUCUCUUGAUAACGCUGUUAUAUUUCCAGGAUGAUUCGACUGAGGCAAAAUCGUUGUUGAGUGACCUUGAUAAUUCAGUGAACACAGAGCCGGAGAAUAGUCAAGGGAGUGCAGCUGAUGAAGACGAAAUUUCUUCAUCCCUUAGGAAGAUGGCAGAGGGGGUCAGGCUGAGAAACAAAACCCUCGAGAAUAACUUUGAGGGUUUCUCAACUUCCAUUGAUACUCUCAUAGCGACUUUGAUGCAAAACAUGACAGCAGCUAGGGCUGAUGUGUUAAAUAUCGUGGGUCAUAAUUCAUCCUUGGAAGAACAGGUGAGGAGUGUGGAAAAUAUUGUUCGUGAACAGGAGAACACUAUAUCUGCAUUACAAAAAGAUUUGUCAUCUUUGAUAUCUGCAUGUGGUGCGGCUGCCAGAGAACUGCAGUUGGAAGUGAAAAAUAACCUCUUAGAGUUGGUUCAAUUCCAAGAAAAUGAAAACGGUGGUGAGAUGGAAUCAACUGAAGACCCACAGGAGCUUCAUGUAAGUGAAUGCGCCCAAAGGAUAAAAGAAUUAUCUUCUGCCGCAGAGAAGGCAUGUGCUACUCUUAAACUCUUUGAGACAACAAAUAAUGCAGCUGCCACUGUAAUCCGAGAUAUGGAGAACAGGCUAACAGAAGCAUCUGUCGCUCUAGAAAAGGCUGUGUUAGAAAGAGAUCUAAACCAAACUAAGGUUUCAAGUUCUGAGGCCAAGGUGGAAUCUCUGGAAGAGCUUUGCCAAGACCUGAAACUUCAAGUGAAGGAAGAGAAAUGGCAUGAAAAAGAGGUGGAACUGUCUACGUUAUAUGAUAAACUAUUGGUGCAAGAGCAAGGUAAUUUUUAUCUUUUGUUGUCUCUCAUUUCUUUAAAUCUUCAUCACAUAAUUACCACUAUACUAAAAUGUCACGUGCUGUUGCUUCGAAUUGCAGAGGCAAAGGAAAAUCUAAUUCCAGCUUCUGAUAUGCGAACCCUUUUUGACAAAAUAAAUGGUAUUGAAGUGCCAUCAGUAGAUCUAGUCAACGGAUUAGAUCCACAGAGUCCAUAUGAUGUGAAGAAGCUAUUCGCGAUUGUUGAUAGUGUUACUGAGAUGCAGCAUCAGAUAGACAUCUUAUCAUAUGGACAAAAAGAGCUCAAUUCUACUUUGGCAGAAAAGGAUCUUGAAAUUCAAGGUCUAAAGAAGGCGACUGAAGCAGAGAGUACGACCGAGCUAGAGUUAGUGAAGGCAAAGAAUGAACUGUCCAAGCUAAUAUCUGGCUUGGAAAAACUGCUGGGUAUAUUGGCAAGCAAUAAUCCUGUUGUAGACCCAAACUUCUCCGAGUCAUGGACACUCGUACAAGCACUAGAAAAAAAGAUAACUUCCCUUCUCCUAGAAUCAGAGAGUUCAAAAUCAAGGGCCCAAGAACUUGGUUUAAAGUUGGCCGGUAGCGAGAAACUUGUCGAUAAACUAUCAUUAAGAGUCAAAGAGUUUGAAGAGAAACUUCAAACCAAAGCAAUUCAGCCUGAUAUUGUUCAAGAAAGAAGCAUCUUCGAAACACCGAGAGCACCUUCUACCUCAGAGAUAUCCGAGAUUGAGGACAAGGGAGCCUUGGGAAUAAAAUCAAUAUCACCGGUGCCUACAGCAGCACAAGUGAGAACAGUGAGGAAGGGAUCGACGGAUCAUCUUUCAAUCAACAUAGAUUCAGAGUCCGAGCAUCUGAUGAACAACAACGAAACAGAUGAAGAUAAAGGACAUGUUUUCAAGUCUCUCAACAUGUCUGGUCUGAUUCCAACGCAAGGAAAGAUAAUAGCAGAUCGGGUUGAUGGAAUAUGGGUCUCAGGUGGAAGAGUAUUGAUGAGCCGUCCUCAAGCAAGGCUUGGCGUUAUGGUAUACAGUCUCUUAUUGCAUCUGUGGCUCCUAGCCUCCAUCUUGUAAUCAAGACAGGUGACUCUUAGGUCUCUCACAUGAAACUACUACACACAAAAGAAACACAUAAAUUGCUCUCUCUUCUCUUCUCUAUUCUUCCAUUCUUUGUCGACCCGUAAACAGAGAAUGAUAGGUGUCGUCUUGUAUAUAUAACCUGAAUAAUGUCUCGAUUAUCUGCGAGCUUUUUUUCAUUAUAGUUCUUCAGUUUCUUAGUCCUAGAAUGUUUAAUUAGGACUCCGAAAAUGGAGCAGUAAGUUAUUACAGUUUGUUUUUGUUUGUGUCUCAAAGUUUUUCAGAAAAGUGAAACAUAUGUUCCAUGACU